GCCACUCGCACUCGUUUUCUGUAGCUCGUUGUGAGUGGAUUUACCUGGAGUGUGUGACGGCGCUUUUCCAAGUGAUUUUUCUCUAUUUGUGAAAAGAAUUCUAGAAAAUUAUUGAAUUCACAAAAGCAGUUCGUGCUUAAAUGUGCAUAUAAAGCAAAACCAACAAAAUAAUAUCAAAAAGUUGAAGAUAAAUUGUGCAAAAGCACUCAGGGCCGCAGCUGUCCACUUAAGUGCAGUGUAGCAACAACAAACACAUUAGAGUGCUAUUAAAAAGUAUAAAAUUGAGAACAAUUUCUGAUUUUCACAGCAAUUUUUUUUGGUGGAGUCAAAAGCAAUUCAUCUCGCUAAACGUCAGUUUCUUUGAGCUAACGCCGUUUCGAGUGGAGCUAAGUGCACUAAGAAAUUACAACAACGAUAAUUGAAUAAUAUACACUAAAACAUUGUUGGCAUAGCUGGGUGCUUACGAAUCAGAUAUUCUCCUGGUUGGAUUGUAGACUCUUGUCGUCAACAUAGCGAGGAAAUCGCGUCAAAUGUCCACUGGGGUGGCGGUGGCUGGCAGCGCCGAUGGCACCGUAACUGUGGUUACCACCACGGCCAACGGCGCGGAUGAGCACAAUGCCGCCAAUACGUCCACAGCCAGUGCGGGUGCCAGUGGCGCAGCAGGCAAGUCGGGGCAAAUAACUUUAACGCCACGUUUCACGCAAGAGGAGAAGGAGAUACUCUACAGCCUCUUCCACGAGCACGAAGAGGUCAUCGAUAUAAAAUUCCGGAAGAAGCAGCGUUCCAAAUAUUCGGUGCGCGAUGCCUGGGAGAAAAUUGUGCACGAAUUCAAUACGCAUCCGGGUGUUAGUGCUAUGCGGAACCUCAAGCAAAUUCAAAAAUUCUGGCUAAAUGCAAGACUGCGCAAGCAGUAUCCCUUCCGUCCCAAUGGACAGAAGGACGCGAAUAGCUCACAAACAAGCAUCGAUUCAGAUCGCGCAGAAGUGGUAAAUCACCAGAUCAAGGAUGAACCCGAUUUCCAGGUCAACAACAUGGACCCCGAUGAGCAUGGCAGCCAGAAUGAGGCAUUCGAAGAGAUCGAGAUGGAUACCAGUGACGGCGUGGGACAGCUGGAACAGGAACCUAUAGAUCCGUUGCAGCAGCAACAGCAACAAUUACAACAACAACAGCAGCAGCAGCAGCAACACCAGCAACAGGUGCUACAGCAGCAUGUGCAACAACAACAACAACAGCAGCAGCAGCAGCAGCAAACACUGCAGACACAACAGAUAUCGGUGGAUCAAAUUAGCGCCGAGAAGUUGACACUCAACGAUUUGCUACAAUUCAAAACAACGCGUCCACGCGAAGACAUCAUACUGCAGAUAAAACAUCCCGUUGAUUCCAACACCACCCACAUUACCAUACCAUCGCCAACGCGCAUUACCAUACCCAGCCAGCAUCAGCCGCAGCAGCACACCAUCACCGCCAUGCCCGCGACGGCCUACAAUCAGCAGAUCAUCAGCGAGAUCAAGCCGCAGCAAAUAACACUUGCCCAAUACCAAGCGCAGCAGUUGCAACAGCAGCAGCAGCAGCUUGCCCAACACCAGCUCGCCGUCGCCGCACAGCAGCAACAACAACAGCAGCAGCAGCAACAGCAUCAAAUAAAGAUGCAAUUGCAAUCACCAGCGACCGCACAGUUCGCAACUGCAACGCCGACCUUCACUUGCACAACACUACACGCUCUGCCCGUGGCCACAGCACCAGCGCCAGCACCCGUCGUGCCGACUGUGAGUGUAAGCAACGCCGCAGUGGCAGCAACGACGCCGGGAAACACCACCAUCACGGUGGAGUCGUUUGAGGAGAAAGUGCAGUACUUCCGCCUGAAGGAGGCAGAGCUGCGCUACAAAGAGACGCAGGUGGCAUUGGAACAGAAGAAAAUUGAACUCAGCCGCGCUCAAGAGGACUUGAAGCAUUUGCGUGAGGUGCAUCGCCUGCAGGUAGAGGAGCUGAAGAUGAAGAUACGCAUUUUGCAGGAAGAGGAGAAACUGCUGCGCAAGAGUCCCAGCGCAGUGCAGGUAUAGAACGGGGAUGGUUGGCCACAGCAAUGUGGGGGAGUUGAGUGGAGGAGAGAGAGUAUUGAUUAUGCAUUAUUGGUUAUCUAAUAAGAUAUUGGUUAAGUUUUUCUUUGGUACUAGAAAUAAAAUUUUAAAUCUAUACAUAAAUUUAUACAAGUACUAGUUUUCUAAUGAUAAUGCAAAGAGAAUUUCAAAUUGUUACUUUUUGGCAUUUGUCUACGCGGAAUAAAUCUGUGGACUUUAGUUGUACGAAAGAUACGUAUUGCUGAGUGUUUCGCAAAGGAAUGUAAUCUAAAUUAACGUAAAAGCGUCGCAACGACGAAAACAAAUCGAAUUGUAUAUACUAAGUUAUUUAUCUCGAAUUACUGAAACUAAUAAAGAGAAACUGACGCUCAUUUCAACGUGAAUAA